UUGCUGCGGUCAACGGCUGCAGCUGGUAGGGCGCAGACACGACCUACAACUGUUGUCCAAUUACCUCGCAAAACACUGCAGCACUCCACCUGUCCACGGACAGGACACCAUCUGGCGUUGACGGCAGAGUCUUAUAAUUUAGAAAAGAGGCUGUUGCUGAUGUAAUGUUGGGGGCUGCGGCACACUGAGCCUCCCAUGGCUGUUAGCACCAUGGACACUGAGUCGGCCCGGACCCCUCAGCCUACGGCUGCCCUGACUCAAGGAGGCCAUUCCCUGCUGCCUGCUGGAGCUCUGAGUCCCGUGCUGGGUGCUCGAAGGAAACACUAUGUCUGCGGCUCUGUUGCGGCUUUUACCAACAUCAUGUUGACUUUCCCCCUCCAGAAGGUGCUGUUCCGCCAGCAACUGCACGGUGUGCUGGCCACUGAGGCGGUGCGGCAGCUCCAGAGGGAUGGGCUGAGGAAUCUUUACCGGGGCCUGCUGCCCCCACUGCUCCAGAAGAGCACGACAGUGGCCAUCAUGUUUGGCCUGUACGAGGACUUCUCGAGGGUCUUGCUAGACCGCGCCGAUGGCAGCGGUGUGCCGGAGCUGGUCACACGAAGCUUCGCGGCAGCACUGGCGGGAACAGCAGAGGCCAUCCUGACGCCGUUUGAGCGCGUGCAGACUCUCCUACAAGACCACCGGCAUCACGGGCGCUUCAACAACACAGUCCACACCUUCCGGACACUUCUGACUGAGUACGGUGUCAGGGAGUGCUACCGCGGCCUGGUGCCCAUACUUCUACGUAAUGGCCCGAGCAAUGUGUUCUUCUUCGGACUACGCGGGCCCAUUAAGGAGCAGCUCCCAGAUGCCUCUAGCCGGGCAGGUCACAUGGUUAAUGAUUUUGUGUGUGGGGGGUUGCUUGGGGCAGCCCUUGGCAUUAUGUUCUAUCCAUUGAAUGUGGUUAAGUCCCGGGCUCAGUCUCGAGUGGGUGGCGCCUUCCAGCCUUGCAGGGAGGUACUUCUCACAGUGUGGAGAGAGAGGGGGGGCAGCAUGGCCAUGCUCUUCAGGGGGGCCCACCUUAACUACCACCGUUCCCUCCUCUCCUGGGGAAUCAUCAAUGCCACCUAUGAACUGCUACUGAAGUUCAUGAAAGAGGGGGAUUAGAGAUAAUAUAAUAUAUAUAUAUAUAGGAGAAAGCAUCUGAAGGGGGAAAGCCUGCUCGGAGUGAUGGAGACUGUUGAUUGUUGAGGAGGAAGGGAAAAUCGUAAAGCUGAUGAACUUUCUCUGGGAAUAUUUUUUUGGACACUAGUUUCCA